GCCUGGACCCAGGGACCUUCGAGAAGAAAAGAAGCUCUAGGUGAGCGAGGCCAUCACGAGUUUUGCCCACCGCCUCCGGUUGCUGCGAUUCACCGCACCUGCACACAGCGGUAGCCAACAAACCUUCUCCUCCAUCGAAGCCGUCUCAAUCAAUUCGCUAGGAGGACCAUGGCGUCGAGGGCCGUUAUCCCGCGGUUCCUGCUCCCGCUUCAGGGCCCGCUCUGGCGCGGCGUGCGCAUCCCGCUGUCGCAAAACAUCCUCGUUCGCUUCGUCUCGACCUCCAACGGCGGCGGCGCAGGCAAGCCGCACAAGCCCAUAGUCCUCGAGAAGCCGGCAAAGUUCAACCCACCAUCGCACGGCUCGCGCCUCAAGCGCAACUCGAUGCCGCGGCACUACGGGCCCGAGCUCACACCCGACGAGAUCUCCGCCCAGGACAAGAGGGACUAUCCGGGACUCAUGGCGCCGCAGGGCUCCUGGGCACACUGGUUCUGGCACAGCCGAAUCCUCCACACGUUCAUCACAAUGGGCGCGCUGCUGGCCAUGGGCCUCUACACCUUCUUCCUCAACUACGCCUACAACUCACCCUUCAAGGACCUGGUGCCGUCCAUCUCGGACCUCUGGGCCCAGCCCACCUACUUCUUCGCCCAGUGGAAAAAUGUCAUCGUCAUGCACGAGAAGGACAAGGCCGACAAGGCCAGGGAGCACCGCACCCGUCACCUCGACGACGUCGCCAAGCGUCAAUACUACAUGAAGACGCACGGCAUCGAGGCCAAGGACCCCGUCACCAUGGUAUUCGGCAAGGACGACAACCGCACGGUCGAUGAGCUCGAGGCGACGGCCCUCGGCCGCGAACUCCCCCCCAAGCAAGAACAAGAGGCGAAGCCGGAGCAGCGGAAGAAGUGGUUUGGUAUAUUGUAGGAGGAUAUCGUAGGAGCAGACGUGCGGUGCUGGAGAAUCUUGACCCAGCAGAAUUCGCCUGUAUCAUAAUAACAAAAUUGAUCUCAGCAUGCUCCCCGAAUGAUGAGCUCAAACAAUUCCCC